AUGAUCGAUAAAGCUCUCGAGAACGAGUUCAAAGAAAAUGAUCAGAACGAAGCUACUGAUCCUGGAAGCUUUAACAACAGCGUAGCCGGCCAGCAGGCAGUUCUGGAGACAGUUGCUAGAGUUAAGUCGAAGAAAAAUGAGACGAAAGAGGAAAACUUAAAUAGGUCGUUUCAACUGCACGAUGUUUUUAAUCUGGAUAAUGAUAAUAGAGGAGAAGAUACACCAACACUAAUAGAUCGAAAGGACAAUGUCUUCAUAAUAUCAAAUUUCAAAUCAAAAUAUCCAGUGCUGCAACUAGACUUAAGAUUAAUAUCAGAUCUGGUGGUCGUUAUUGUAUCUGCAACCUGUGGUGGCAUUGCCUUUGCUUGUGCUGGACAACCGGUUAUUAGUGGAUAUUUGCUAGCUGGAUCUGUUAUUGGGCCUGGAGGGUUCAACUUCGUCAGUGAAAUGGUUCAAGUUGAAACUGUGGCUCAGUUUGGGGUAAUUUUUCUUCUUUUUGCUUUGGGCUUGGAGUUCUCCACAACAAAGCUUCGAGUUGUUCGAGCGGUUGCUGUUCCAGGAGGCCUGCUGCAAAUCUUCCUAUUUAUGUGCCUGUGUGGUAUUACAGCCUCAUUAUGUGGUGGUAAAGUUUCUGAAGGGAUAUUCGUUGGUGUGUUCCUUUCUAUGUCUUCAACAGCAGUGGUGUUGAAAUUUUUGAUGGAGAAAAACUCUACUAAUGCCCUUCAUGGCCAAGUUACCAUUGGCACCCUUAUUCUGCAGGAUUGUGCUGUGGGUUUGCUGUUUGCUUUGCUUCCAGUUCUAGGUGGGACUUCGGGUAUUCUUCAAGGAGUGAUAUCUAUGGCUAAGUUGAUGGUGACGUUGAUUACAUUUUUGGCUGUUCUAUCUAUAUCAUCUCGUACUUGUGUUCCUUGGCUACUUAAGCUGAUGAUAAGCUUAUCUUCACAGACCAAUGAACUCUACCAAUUGGCAUCAGUUGCAUUCUGCUUGCUUGUUGCCUGGUGUAGUGAUAAGCUGGGGCUAAGUCUAGAACUGGGUUCCUUUGCUGCGGGAGUGAUGAUAUCAACAACUGAUCUUGCUCAACAUACGCUAGAACAAAUUGAACCCAUCCGCAACCUUUUUGCUGCUCUUUUCCUUGCUAGCAUCGGGAUGCUGAUCCAUGUUCAAUUUCUCUGGAAUCAUGUUGAUAUAUUACUAGCGUCUGUUAUAUUAGUUAUCAUCAUAAAAACAAUUAUUAUCACCAUGGUUGUCAAGGGAUUUGGUUACAACAACAAAACCUCAUUUCUUGUCGGAAUUUCUCUGGCACAGAUAGGCGAAUUUGCUUUUGUGCUUCUAAGUCGUGCCUCUAAUCUCCAUCUAGUUGAGGGGAAAUUAUAUCUCCUGCUUCUUGGAACCACAGCCCUUAGUCUGGUGACCACUCCUUUUCUAUUCAAGCUAAUCCCUGGUUUAGUGCAUCUUGGUGUGCUUUUAAGGUGGUUCCCUCCGGACGGGGCUGUUGAGAUUGGGUUUAAAGGAGAUAACCUUCGCUCAGAUAGUGGUAAACAGCGCGUUAUUUUGAUGGUCCGAGAAUCACAUGAUUCGUGA